AUGUUGUUGUUAUUUUUGAUUUUUGGUGUCGUUACAGCUUGGCCGGUGUCGAAUCGGACGGCUUGCUUUAAAUAUAUCGAUUGCUUGGAACAGGCACAGUUCGCUUUCAAGAAGUGCGCACAGGGGACGGUCGUGGCGUUGGCGUUGGAGACGAGGGAUAAACUUUUCCACACAAGUGCUGCUACUCAAUGGAGUGUUGUGAGUCGAUGUCAAGAGAAUCUCGAACUAGAAGGCCUCGAUUUUGAUUCUCUACAAGCAUUGGUGAAUGAGGAUUCAAGGGAAUGCUUUCGAAGAAUGAACAAAAGAAGGACACCACUUCAGACGAUGUGCGAGGUUCCUGCUUUCCCGAUCAUACCCACCGUUCCACAAUCCCCAAAAACUUGUCUCAUCAAUUUUCGUGAAGAUCGAAAAAGUUGUGAACAAAUGCUGAAUUGUUGCCCGGAGCAUAUAAAAUGUGCAGAAAAGUUAAACACCCUCUCGAUCGCCUAUCAAGAAGCUAAAAAGAAAUCGGUAGCGAUAGCUGAUCGAAUGCUCACUUGUGUGUAUCAAAGCCUUGGACUGAAUCCGCCGAAGAGUGCCGCGAAACAGGACUUUCUCAGGAAACAUCGUGGAGUGAAUUUCUCUCAAAACAAUGCAAAUCAAAAUCAAAAUACGCAAUCAACAGUGCGAUUCAUUCGAAAGGAAAGACCGAGAAAGAAUUUGAAGCCAAUUCCACUUGCAAGCGAUACAAACGAUUUACAUGCAAAUGCUAGAGUGAAAUCACCAGCAUACAGAAACGCUCAGACAUCAUCAGAUAGUGGUGAUUACGCAUUUGGACCUCAGAAACGGACCUCAGAAACGCAGAUUCGGAAAGAAAACGCAGGAAUUGAGAACAAAUAUGCGGACAAAUUGAUUGGAAACAAUGUCGAGUUUCAGAAAGAAUUGGAAAACUCGGGUAAAUACUCGUUUGGGCCAAAGAGUACGGUUGCGCCGAAAGAAGAGGAAAAGCUAGAAGAGAUUUUGAGGAAAGAGGGGGAAACGACCGUUGAUGUAGAGACAGAAAAACAAGAUGUUCCUGAGAAAACGCCAGAUUUUGAACCAAGAAAAGAUUUGGGAAUGGCUGAAGAGAAGAGUCCGCGGUCGGAAAAAGAUCCAUUUGAGACUUAUGAUGAUGGGACGAAAUUGGAUGAAGAAGCUGGAGUAGCUUCUGUUGUUCAAACUUCUAAUGGCACAACCCUGAUCACCGAGGGUGAGACAACGACUGCACCAACGCUCAUAACGACUCCAACUGAAUCAAAAACUGCCGCCCCUGAAGUGACAGUGACAGAAGUGACAGAAGCACAACCACAAGAGGGAAACGAUGAGAAGUUGGAGAAAAUGAAGUCACCAACUUCCCUUGAAGCUACGGAUAUGCAGUCAACAACAGUUGCAACUGCUAAUGAAGCUGGAAAUUAUAAAGAGAGAGUCGAUCUAGUGAAGUAUUUGCUGUCAUCAGCUGAUUCAUUUGAAUCUCAACUCUAUUUGCAGUUGGCGGCUGAAAAUAAAUACGAAGAGCUUGAGAGGAUCGCGGCGGAGAAGAGAAAACGCGUCACUGAUAGCACGGGGAAUACGGGACAA